AUGGAUCAUCGUCAUACCACCAAUCAAUGCGAGAGCCACCGCCCCAAACCAACCCAAAGUGUGCCAAGGCAAGUCUUUGACAGCUUGUAUGACAGCAACCAAGCCCCAAGGACCGUUGCCAUGGCUCCAAGGAGGCCAACUCCCGUUUUCUGGUCUCAAAACUCCGCGUUUGCAGUCUUCAAGGACGAGCGCCCCAAGCUCUAUGUGGACACUCGUCUGCGUCCUACAAAGUCCGGAAAGAAAUCCUCCAAAAAGUGGCCCAGGGCUCCCAGAGCAACCCACCACAAGAUGUUCUGGAACCUCACUAUUGCCCAGAUGAACAGCGAUGAUAGCGACGAAACCUGUAGCAAUGUUUUGAAGGAGCUAGAUAUCAACACUGUCCCUGUGCCAACGCCAAUGCCUUUCCACAACAACUCCGGCGGAAUCUGA